CAGUAAUUAUAAUGAAAAUGUGACAUGCACUUUAUGUAUCUGUUGAACUGUAAGACAAUUAACCUUCAAUUAAAUAUUUAGCAUCAAAUAUCUUUGGACAUUCCGCUGAAAUAUAUUAAAUAAAAUGAAACUGCUUCUCUAACAACAAACUGCAAACAUGCACACAUGCCUUAUGAGGCCAUUCCUACUGUUAUGUAAAAACAUGAAGCUGGUAUAUCCGGUUAUCAGGUGUCCCGCACAAAUCUCUCAGCCUCACCUGUGUACCUCAUUCAAAACUGGCUUUGUUACAUUUCUAUUCUAAUAAUCAGGGCUCUGACUCCUCCCACCAAAACCAGCAGAGCUUUUUGUUUAAUAUGUGUUUCCUUGACCUGGUUUCUGUGUGCCAAGAAGAAAUGUCGAAGGGCAGCAUCUUCAUUUCCUGAGACUGGAAAACAAAAUGACAGCAGCUAAUUCCAGUGUACAGGAUUCUUUCAGAGAUGGCAGCCUGGAGAGAUUUACUCAUUUUAAAAAAGAUGAGUUUGAAAGUGACUGGGAGAAACUGGCUGAGCGCAAGUUUGGUCGUGUCUAUAAGGUGAAGGUUAAAGUCUGGCGGGAAACAUGUGCCCUAAAGACAACGACCAAUGAUUACAGGAAUAUGACACAGAUGUCCAAAAUCGGAAGACUCAAGUUCAAUUAUUUAAUCUCCAUUUAUGGAAUAAGCAAAGAUCCACCUGGUUUAGUGAUGGAAUAUAUGAGAAAGGGAUCCUUGGACAACCUCCUCAGCAGUCAUUUCUUAAUGUGGCCUAAGAAGUUCCAAAUGAUCCACGAGAUGACGAUGGGCAUGAAUUUUCUGCACAGCAUGAAACCACCCAUUCUUCAUCUGAACUUGAAACCAGCCAACAUUCUUCUUGAUGAUCAUCUGCACGUGAAGAUUUCAGAUUUUGGCCUCAUUAAAUGGGAGGAGUUUUCUGGUAAGACAGAGUUUAUUGAACACCUGACAGCUCGAGGGAACAUAAACUAUGUGCCUCCAGAGACCUUUACCCAGAAUCCUGAACCACCUGGAACAAAGUAUGAUGUUUACAGCAUUUCUAUUAUUAUGUGGGAAAUUCUAACUCAGCAGCGUGCAUAUCAAGGUCUGAAUAUGACAGAAAUAUUAAUCAGAGUGUCAUCUGGCAAAAGGCCUGGUGUAGAGAAGAUCCCUGAAGACAAGCCCCCUGAGUGCGAGGACAUGAUUGGUGUCAUGCAGCAAUGUUGGCACCAAGACUGCAGCCGGAGACCGGCUUUCUCUGAAACCGUUCGGUUGACUGAAGUCCUUAGUGAAGUCCUAAAAAUCCCAGACACGAAUGCAAGGUGUGAGAUAAGAAAGCGUCUACCUGAACAGCCAAAGAAAGCAGCUGACUCCUCAGAUGAUUCUAGCAUUCACUCUCUCCUUGUAAAGAAAGACUUUGAGAGCUUUAAGAAAGUUCUGCGAAAAGAGCACGUGUCUAUGGUCUUCCGAGACAACAACUCUCUCCUUCAUCACGCCGUGGCAAGCGGGGAAACAGAAAGCGUGCAGAUGGUCCUGAAUCUGGGAGCCUCGGUGAACUGCCAGAGUGAAAAAGGCUACACCCCACUCAUCGUCGCAGUUCUGCACAAGUUUUACGAGAUUUGCAGCUUGCUGACAGACUGUGGGGCUGACGUCAAUCUCAGCGAUGGCGACCAGUGGACCGCGCUGCAUUUUGCCGUACAGGCUGGCGACGACAGAGCCGUUCGCCUUUUGUUAGACAAUAAGGCGAGAGCCGAUGCCAAGGAGAAGGACGGGUGGACGCCUUUGCAUCUCGCUGCUCAGAACGGCCAUGAGCACAUCGUGAGAAUCCUGCUCCGGCGUCUGGAUGCCGUGGAUGAGCAGGAGUGCCAGUCUGGCCGUACGCCGCUUCAUGUGGCUUCCAUUUACGGUCACGUGAACAUCGUCAACCUCUUGCUCAAAAACGGAGCUGACGUUAACAAACCAGAUAACCUUCAAUCCACUUCCCUACACUUGGCGGCAGACGAGGGGCACUUCAGGGUGGUCCGUUUGCUGGUUAAUAAUGGGGCUGAUGUGAAAACAGUCGAUGAGCAAAGCUACAGUCCCCUACAUUUUGCCGCUCUAAAGGGUUACACAGGUAUCUGCAGACUCCUGUUGAGUAAAGGAGUCGACCCCGAUAUCAGAACCUAUCAGAAUUGGACAGCCAUGCACCUUGCAGCCCUAAAAGGCCAUCCAGAGACUGUCCUCAUGUUGGAGGAGCACCAUGGCUCAGUCAGCGUCCAAGGGAAAGACGGCUGGACUCCUCUGCACCUUGCUUGCCAUCAUGGGCAGGAGGAGGUGGUGACGGUGCUGCUAACAGCAGGUGCCGACCCAAACCUGGCCGAGGAUAAUGGCUGGACACCCCUUCACUUAGCCUGUAACAGUAGCUGCUUCCCUAGCGUUCUGCAGCUGAUAUCUCACCAAGCCAAUGUGAACGCCCAAAAUAACAGCCAGUCAACGCCAUUGCAUUUAGCCGUCCAGCUCAGCAGCAUCCCAAUCAUCAAAGCCCUGCUGAUGAAUAAUGCACAGCGGGAUAUGCAGGACUCGAAAGGAUAUACCACCUUAACCUUGGCUCAACGGUGCAACAAUACAGAAGCCGUGGAGCUACUGAACAGCUAGCACACCGGUGGAGAUCCUGGCGGAAAGCGAGCCAUGUUUGGUGACAACUCCACCAUUAGAGGGAGUGCAGCAUUGAUUUCUGCUAUCGAUUUCCUUCCUCCUGCAAAGCCUGUUCUUAUAAACAGUCUUGCUGUUGUUUGUGAUUUAGAUUCCUAGAAUUGAACACCUUUGUUUGGGUUUGGUUAAGAGCUCAGGUGUGUUCUCAGAAUGGAAGUGUUAUGAAUGAAGGAUUUUAUGACUAGCAGUAUGUAGUGGAAGUCAGCAUAAAAUUGAAAUGAAGUUAGUUUAUUUAUUAACUAUUAAUUAUCUUGAAUAAUUUAUCAUAGCAUGUUAUUCCUAAGAAGACAAUUGUUUGUUUUUGUAAUAUUUAAUA